AUGGACAUCUCUGUCCUGCCCAACAACAAUCACCCAGAGAAGUUCCUCCAGCUGGACGUGGGGAUGCUGCCGGCCACACACGGCAUGUUCCAGGUCGGGGCACUCGUGUCCAGUCAGAGACACUGGCAGAACAGAGUCUACUCGCAGUUGAAGGUAGAUGUGGUGAGAAUUCAAAUCGCUGCCUCGUUGUCUCCGCAGAGGGAGCAAAGGGUGAAGACUGAGAGCUGGUCUCCUCCGUCCCCAGAGGGCACUCGUGUGGAGUUUGAGGACAGAUACCUGGAGAAGCACAUCACACCGCUCACUCUCAAGUCCAACAUCAAAAGGAACCCUCUGUACAUGGACAUGAGAUCCAUGGAAGCAGCAGACAACAAGAAGUCCAAGCCUUCCUGGACUGUCAAGGAGUACGACACACAAACAGUCCACGGAAACCUGGCAGGUUAUCUAAAGGAGGAAGAGAAGAGUCCUAGAGAUCUGGACUUCUGGCUCGAGGAUCUCUACACACCAGGAUUUGACUCUUUGCUGAAGAAGAAAGAAGCGGAACACAAAAGAAAAAGACUUUGUAAAAUUCUUUUUGCGAUCAUUGUGUCUGUUAGCGCAGUACUUAUCGUUAUCAUAGUGCCAGUUGUGGUUCUACACAAGAACAACUGAUUGAUGGGGACAUGGCCGUUUAUUGUUCUGUUCUCAUGUUAUGUUGACAGAGAAGUAGAGAUCUGGCUGUAGUCAGGACGUUUGGCCACUCACCUGCAGCAGUACGCUGUAAUACUGUAUGUUGCUCUGCACCAACAUGAUGGGAGUACAGACAAAUGAGCAGUGUAGACAAAGGUUGCUAU